UCUUGAGUUGAACGUUUUAUCUGUAAUUCGCUUGGCGAUUGCACAAAGCUGAAACUGUGUUUAAUUAACAUUUAAAAAUAUUUCAUAAAAGUGUCUCGAAAGCUGUUAUCUAUUGUGUCAAAAGUGUUUGAGUGAAUAAUGGGUAAUCAUAAUACACAUGAAAAAAGUGGGUUGGAAGGUGGUAGUGGUACUAGCACCCCUAGUGGUUCUACUAGGGGAACUCGAUCAGGGUCCAGUGGUGAAUUGCAAGGCCAGCAGGAAAAGACUGAGAGCCAAUCGACGUCUUUAGUGCCCGUGGAAAAACUCGGCAAGCUCCUUGCGCAUCGCUCACAGAAAGAAGAUGGCAUCAAUGGCGUCACGGAGAAAUCAUUUACGAAAUACCUAUUUCCAAAGUACCCGGAUCUCGCUCGCCAGUUCUACAAUUACAUCCACAAGAGUGGAAAAUGCAAGAACAAACACAUCCCACUGUCCACGUUCAGACAGCAGUGCGAGAAGAUACUGGCCAUGCUAGACGACAACGCUAUCAUCGAAACUUAUGUUAGAAUGUUCAGUGUAGACGCGGACGAAGGGACCGUGUCGCCGGAUGACCUGAGAAGUCUCCUCUACAUCAGCUACAAACUCUCGAUGGAUCACUACCCGGAGGGGCCACAAACUUGCUUCAUGGUCAACAAAACCUUGACGGCGGUGGUCAUGGGCUGCUUCAACAACAAGGACUCGCACAGCGUCGGGUUCGUGGUGCGCUGGCUCGAGGAGCACUGUCACCGGCUCAUAUUUCCCGUUCACAGGUACUGCGUGCACAUGCUGGCCACGCGGCACCGCGACGUGGAGUCGCUGGCGGCGCGCGCGGACGGCGACGCGCUGGAGCUGGGCACGCCCGUGCUGGAGCGCAGCGCGUGGGGCUCGGCCGCGCUGCCCGUGUCGGCGGCGUGGCUGCUGGCCGCCACGGCGCCGCCGCUCUACAGCCGCCCGCUGCGCGCGCCGCCGCCGCCCGCCGGCUCGGCCGCCGCCUGGCUGGCGCGCCUCGUGUGCGCGCUGCCCUCGCACUGGGCGCCGCUCUACGCGUCGCGCGAGCACGGCCUGGGCGCCAACCGCUUCCUGCACCACACGCUGGCCUACCGCGGGCCCACGCUCGUCGUGCUGGAGGGCGGCGCCGGCGACGGCGCGCUCUCGCUGGUCGUGUGCGCCGCGCAGGAGUGGCGCGACACGCACCAGUACUGGGGCGGGCCCGACUGCGCGCUCGUGCAGCUGUACCCCACGUACGCGCUGGUGGAGCGGGCGCCCAAGAUGCUGUACCUCAACUCGUGCAUCCGCGGGUACCCGAAGGGGCUGCGCGCGGGGUCGGACCCGCGCAAGCCGCUGCUCGUCGUCAACGAGGGCUUCGACUCGUUCACGUUCAAGGGCGCGCCCUACUCGCUCGCCGCUAUCGAGGUCUGGGGCUGCGGUGAACAGUCUCUGAGAGACGCCCAAAUAGAAGUUAAAAAGUGGCAAGUACGAGAGGCGGAGAGGCAGCGUCAGGUAAAGAUAUCUGCCGCGGACUGGAUCGAACACCCAGACCGCUAUCUAUUAGAGCUAGCUGGCCGACCGCAGUACAACAACUCUGCCAGCUAGGACCUUGUACGGAGCUAUGUAUAGUAAUAGUUAGCAAGACUUUUAAUUCCCUUGGAACUUUCUAUUUGAUUGUAAAGAUUGUCAAUAUAAAAUUCCAUGGAACCAUUUGAAUUUGAGUGAUCUUUGGUGAAGUAUUUUGGUUUUCAAGUAAUUUAACGUGAACUAGAUUGAGCCGAGUUAACACGGACUUAAAGAUAAUUAUCAAAUACUUAGAAAAUAACUUACUUCAAACAUUAAAGGCUUUUGUGAACCGCUUGGAACUAUAGUAUUAAUUAAAUAAAUAAUUUGAAAUAUUGAUCUUCGAAGUAUGUAUAAAAUAUUCAACAUCUAUGUUUCAUCAUAUAUAUGUUUUCUCUAUUUAAUACAUACACUAAAAGAUAUAUGUAAACAUGAUGGAGUUCAUUUAGGACAUAAUUAAACUUACUUUAUAUAUUAUGUACUGACAGGUUAUUGAAAAAGGCUAGCUAUGAUAUAGCUUGGUGAAUUCAAUAACAUAUGUGAAGGAUAAUCCGACAUCUUCCCCAAAGUAUAACGAAAAGACACCAGAAUUAUCGCCUAGGUAAAUUAAAAACAUGAAUAACAUAAUAAGCUAUAUCAGUUCAACUGAUUUCAAGUUCAAACGCAAGGUUUGUCUCGCACAUACUAACGGGUGAAGUUCAAAAAAACAUUGUAUUAACAAUUAAAUAUGUUGUCUUGGUACUUAAUUUGAAUCGAAUAUUAAUUAUAUUCGUUUAUUAUACAGUAUUUGUUUUGCUAGCUGUACAUUAUCUUAUAAAUUAAAUUCUUUUGAUGUUGCAAACUAUUAUAAUGAAUAUAAUCACAAUUUUUUUACUAUUUCAUUGUAUAAACAGAUCUGUCGGCAAUGGAUUUAUUGACUACUCUUAAAUAUUUUGAGAUUCAAAUGUGAUUUAUUUAUUUUACUCUAGUCCACAAAAUAAGUCUUAAUUCAAUAAAAAAUAAUUACUUUGCUAUGUUUGACUACUAAAUGAAGUUUAAGCUCAAGUGAAGAGAACAUGAACUGAGAAUUAUUUAUAAGUUAAGUCAUGUAAUCAAAGACAAAUAUGAUGGGACUGAGCCUUUGAAUACAUUUUAUUAGAACUUGCACAAAGUUUAUAAAAUUAUAGUGUCAAAAUUUAUACCUUACUUUGUAAAUUAGAAUUGUAAUAUUAUUAAAAUUUUAAUCUGUGAUUUGUAAGUCAAUGGUGUUAUAAUAUCAAAAACAGUCAUCAACAUCGAGAAGGUUUUCAAUAGUUUACGUAUGUUUAGGUUGGCUUUAUUAAAAAAGUGUGUUUCGCGCCAAAAAAUACUAAAGUCAUUUUACUUAUUGUUAAUAAGAAAAAAAAAGAGUUUUGAUCCAACAAUGUUUUAGCCAUAAUAAGAAGUCAUUAAAAUUUAAAUAUUUUUAUAUAUUAUAAUAUUUGUAAUUGAUGCCUUGUAUUAUAUUGUUAAAAGACAAUUAAGAUAUCCAAAUAAAGGAAAGCCCAACUACAGACCCAGGAUAUAAAUACAUAGUCAGUGCAAACUUUCAAAGGUGGUUCUAAUUGUAUUUGAGGCAAAAAUAUCAUACAAAUAAAUAUCACUGUGCAAUAACUAACAAUAUCACUGUGCGACACAACAUUCAGAAUAGGUGAUUACUAAAAUUGAUAUUCAAAUAAUAUAGCACAUCGUAAUUAAAAGAGAAAUAUUUAUUAUUAUUUUUGUUGUCUUGUCAUUGACAACAGCAGAAUUGUAAUUAGUCCUUAAAUAUCUGGGGAGGUCGUUGCCCUAGCCAUUGUAUUUUCUUUUUAAGGAUAUUAUUUUAAUGGCGAAAUCCAAAAAGAAUGUUUGACUGAUUUAUGAGUAAGGGAUUUGAAAAAUAUUUUUUUAAUUUUUAUUGAAUCAUAACUGACUUUAAAUUAAUUCAUACGACGUCACAUGUAUAUUUUAAAUGUAAUAACGCAAACAUUCACAAUUUAAAAUUUAUUCAUUUAAUGUAGAUAUUUUUAAUGAUAUAUGUUUACGUUUGAGGACCAAUUCUGUUUUGAAAACUUUAUUUUUAAUCUUGUUGCUUCUGCAUUUUUGCUUAACAAUAACUAAACUGUUGCUUUAUAUAUACAUUUGUAUACGAAUACUAAAUAAUAAUUCAAUUAAAUAUAUAAACUGCACUAGUUAAAUGUAUAAUAAUGCUUAAGGGAUCGCAAAUUGAAAGGUUUUUCAGAGUUCGUAAGGUGUCUUGGUUAAUUUAAAAAAAGAAUGGUUUUGCUUACGAAUAGUAAAAUAGCAAGUAGAACCAAAAGGCGCGGAUAGUACACUCCUAUCCGUUAUUAAUAUAGACUUAAAAAUCUAUGGAGAUGUAUAGAAGUGUAAACCUAAAUAAAACAAUUCAACUAUCCAUAAGCAAAACUGAUCAUUUUUGAAUAAUAAUGUAUAAACAAAUAAAUUAAUGCUUUAAUCUUUCUUUAAUGAUAGUAUUAUAUUUCUCAUUAUCAACAGAAUAGCUUUUUUAUUGAUUUUAUUAAGAUAUAUAUAUCUGCAUUGUUUCAUUCUUUUCACUUGCGCAUUGUGGUCUAUUUGCCCAAAUAAUAGUGAUAUUUUGCCUUAUAUAUCGAUAUGCUAUACACGUGUAUGAUGUAAAAAUAGUUUGUUAAACAUAUUAAAGUAUUUUAAUUAAAA